UCUAAAAUUAUUGAUGAUAAGCGUUGGCUUCUUUUGGUUUGUUUUAAUUUUAACUAGUUCGCCUUUCAUUAAACUCGCUGAACUGGUGGUUCGAAUCCACCCAGGAGCGCCAUGUCGUAAUCAAUUAGGGACCACUACCACUUUAAAAAAGAAUUUUAGAAUGAAAUUAUGGGCGUCUGUGUCUAAAAUUUUACCAAUAAUAAGCAUUCUUUAGAAUUCUCAAUAAUUUCUCUCACAAAAACUUCUACUGGUGCAUCAGUUUCUGAUGCCAUUUUGCCAUUGCAACCAUCUAAGUGACAAACAAAAAUAUGAUCUCCAUUUAUUUUUCUUUUUUAUAAUACAAUUUAAAAUUAUUGAUGAUAAGCGUUGGCUUCUUUUGGUUUGUUUUAAUUUUAACUAGUUCGCCUUUCAUUAAACUCGCUGGACGAAAAGCUUCAGAAGGAUCUUCAUUUGUUUUGCGUGCAGUUACAAGCUUCGUAACAAAAUAUUUAGCAAAUAAUUUGUUAAAAUGGUUGCCUUCCUUCAUGAGUUCGUUGAUUUCUUGGGUCUGAAAAUGUUUUGUGAAUUUUUCGGGAAAUAUGUGAAAUGGUACUACUCCGUUAUGCCUACUCGUUCUUGCGGACUUUUUUGCGGACAACUUUUAUUUAUAAAAAGAAAAUAUAGAGAGAAAAAUUAUAAAAGAAAGAAUCAUUCCAAUCGGCAAUAUUUCCGCCUCUCCUCUCCUCCAUAUUC